AUAACGGAAUGAUGUCCAGUGCAAUAUCUGCAGUGUUUUUUAUAUGACUGUAUGACGCUCAGUGCAAUAUCUGCAGUCCUUAUAUAUCACUGCAUCGUGCCCAGAACAUCUGCAGUGCUCUUAUAAUAUUUCAGAUUACCCUGUGUCUCACUAAACAACAGGAACAGAACCUGACGCAUGCGCCAUGCACAGGAAGUGCCGCCAUGUUGGUGCGGGGCGGAUGCUGAUGGCAGAGGUUUUAUUUUUUCUUAAAAAUUUGAGAUUUCUUCCAAUUACAAACUCGCGGCCUGGCCUUUUACGGCACUAAACAGGAGUGUUUGUAGGAUAUUUUUCAGUGAAAACAAACUCUUCUUUAUCAGAAAUGAACAAUGGUGGUAAACUCCCCUUCACCAUUACCUGAAAGGGCAAUUUAUGGAUUUGUCUUGUUCCUCGCCUCAAAGUUUGCAUUCAUUCUGUAUUUAGUAUGGGCUUACGUUCCAGAACCUUGGCUACAUUCAGUGGGUCUCACUUACUGGCCGCAGAAGUACUGGGCUGUGGCCCUACCCAUUUAUGUCCUGGUUGUGAUAGUGAUUGCAUACAUUUUACUCUGUGGAAUUAACAUGAUGAGCACGGCUCCACUGGAUUCAGUAGAUACUGUGACAGACAGUUAUGCAAAAAGCCAAGAGAGCAAACCGUACGUUGAAGGAGCAAUCCCAGGCCUUCAAGAUGUUUCCAUCAGUGAAGUGAAUCGAAUGUUCUUCCUUUCCUCAUCUCACGAGUCAGCGGGUGACCAUCCACACGUAUGGCGUACAUGUGCUGCUAGGAACAUAGAUUCAUUUACUGAGAACUGUAGUGACACUUCUGACCACUAAUUAAUGUGUAUUUAUAAUGCUUCGUCUUAUCCAAGAAUACUGUUCAAGAUAUGUUCUGAUUCUUUGCUCAUUUAUAGUUCUGUGAAUUAAAAUUUUCAUAAUUCUAGAACAUCA